CUACUCCGCCACCGCGAAAGUGGGGAUUACGAAUCGAACCCGAGCGAGCUCGCCCGGUUCCUUUUUGCCGUCAAGGUUUAAUUCCACCACCAGACACUUCACCCUUAUUUUUGGUUUUUUUAGUUCCUUGCCGUUGA